CCCUGAGUCCGGGUCCGGGACCAGGCUUGCGGGCAGUGCCGAGCCGUGUGGGCUCCCGGGGCGGUCCACGGGGAGCCCAGACGCGCACUGGAGGUCCGGCCGCUUUGGGCUCCUUGGAAUGCCGCGAUUCACGGGCCGGUGAGGACUCGCUGGGUGCCCGCGCCCUGACCGGGGCCCGGCCAGGACACUCCAGACCCGCCAGGUCACAGACUGUUUUUUAGCUUUUUUUUUUUUUUAAUUGUAAAGGUGAUGUCAGAGGAGUUACAGUUACAUACGUAAGGUUGGGCACAUCUGUGUGCGUUGUGUAAAAGCAGUAGAAUAUAGUGCAACUGCCGAAUUAGAAGACCCGGUCUUUCCGUUGGAGAAGUCUUGAUGUAUGUCAAGUCGUUUUCAUCCAUCGGGAUCUCUGCGCCUUCGCAUGUGAAAUAGUGCAUAAUAACCCCUUUCUGUUAAGAGUUAUCUUGAUGAACAAAAUAAAGCAGACAUAAUUCAUCUCUAGAAAUCUACCUUAGCGUAUAAAAUGUUUUUUGUUUAGAAUAGUAACAAUGGAAAAAGAGAAAAUAAAUCAUGGUGAAAAAACAGAUGCAGAAAAUUCACCGGAUUUUUCUGACCACUUUAACCAACUUGAACUGUUGAAAACACAUGGACACCUCAUUCCCACUGGUACUCAAAGUCUAUGGUUAGGCAAUUCUGAUGAAGAUGAGGAACAAGAUGAAAAAAGUGAAGAGUGGUAUCAAUUGCAAGAAAAAAAAAUGGAGAAGGAGCCAAGCAAAUUGCUUCUUUGGGCUGCCGAAAAUAAUCGGCUUACUACAGUGCGGAAACUUCUUUCCAAAAAGGCCACUCAUGUGAAUACUAGGGAUGACGAUGAGUAUACCCCUCUUCAUCGGGCAGCCUACAGUGGACACUUAGACAUUGUCCGUGAGUUGGUGGCCCAAGGGGCAGAUGUUCAUGCUAUAACUGUGGAUGGCUGGACUCCCUUGCACAGUGCUUGUAAGUGGAAUAAUACCAGAGUGGCUUCUUUCUUACUUCAGCAUGAUGCAGAUAUCAAUGCCCAAACGAAAGGCCUGUUGACCCCCUUGCAUCUUGCUGCUGGGAACAGAGAUAGCAAAGAUACUCUAGAACUCCUUCUAAUGAACCGUUAUAUCAAACCAGGUCUGAAGAACAACUUGGAAGAAACUGCAUUUGAUAUUGCCAGAAGAACAAGUAUUUAUCACUACCUCUUUGAAGUUGUAGAAGGCUGUACAAAUUCUUCUCCUAAGUCUUAAUGGUUCUGAUAAUUUUCUUAAAUUUCGAAAAUGCCAGUAUAUCCUUAGUGUCAGAAAUAAAAUAUUUUCCCAGUACAAAGUAGAAAUCAGUGUCUUACUGUAAAAAUUCAUGGUUUCUCACAGUAUUCUUCCAAGUGAAUUGCCAGACUUUGAUGUCAGAAUGUAUUCAAGAGUUGCUUGGUACAUCUUCAA